AUAACCUUUCCCAUGUGUUAAACGUUUUCUAAAGAAGUUACUGACCUCUAUACCCACAUCACAAUGAUGAGACUAGUUCACAAUACUACAUAGUCUCUUUGAUUUACUAGUUAGUAUAAACGCUUAAAAAUUUGGAUUUGAUAAUAGGAAUGAUGUUUUGCAACGUGCUUUUAUACGCCGUAUUUAUACAUGAUAAAAAACAAAGCGAGAUGCCAAAUUUUCAUAGAUUAAAAUUUAAACCUAAAACAACCUAGUAUUUGUCGGCCAUGAUUGGAUAUUGGAUUGGAAUGUAAAAAUAAUUUCAAUAUGGCGCCCGUUUGUUCAGAGUGUGUGUGUGUGAAAGUGCUGUGAAAUUAUGAUAAAUUCUAGUGUAUUUAGUGAUUAUAUUAGUGGAUAAGUGAAAUAAGUGUGCAUUAAUGCAUCGGUUUUAUUAUAAUGGCUUUGGAUUUACGCCUGCAUUCUCCUGCGGGCGCGGAACCUGUUGUUUAUACAUGGCCCCUCACUUCAGGUCAUGGCUCGGACAAACACGAUGGAGCUUUGGAAAUAGUAGAAACUAUAAGAUGGGUUUGCGACGAUUUACCCGAGAUGAAGGCCGCUUUGGAGUACAACAUACUUUGCGAUUACGAUACUCAUUCAUACGAAAGUAUGCGAGCCCUUUGCGACCGUUUCAACCGAGCCAUCGAUUCUGUAGUUGCUUUGGAAAAAGGUACGUCCUUACCAGCACAACGGUUAAACAAGUAUCCUUCAAGAGGCUUACUGAAGCACAUAUUACAACAAACCUACAAUCAAGCCGUAGCGGAUCCCGAAAAAUUAAAUCAAUACGAACCCUUUUCUCCCGAGGUGUACGGUGAGACUUCUUACGAGUUAGUUUGUCAAAUGAUAGAUCAAAUAGAAAUAUCAGCUGACGAUGUAUUUGUGGACUUGGGCUCAGGUGUGGGACAGGUUGUACUACAAAUGGCAGCUGCAACACCGUGUCGCAUCUGCCUCGGUGUUGAAAAGGCAGAAGUUCCUAGUAAAUAUGCUGAGAACAUGGAUUUGCAUUUUAGGAUGUGGAUGAAAUGGUAUGGCAAAAAGUAUGGAGAGUAUAAAUUAAUAAAAGGCGACUUUUUGUUGGAUGAGCAUCGGGAAAAAAUAAAUGCUGCUACAAUUGUUUUUGUCAAUAACUUUGCAUUUGGACCACACGUUGAUCACCAGCUAAAAGAAAGAUUUGCAGAUUUAAAAGAUGGUGCGAAAAUAGUGUCAUCAAAAAGCUUUUGUCCAUUAAAUUUUCGAAUAACGGACAGGAAUCUGAGUGAUAUUGGAACCAUUAUGCACGUAAGCGAGAUGACGCCACUGAAAGGCUCCGUUUCUUGGACGGGGAAACCAGUAUCAUAUUAUUUGCAUAUAAUAGAUAGGACCAAAUUGGAGAGAUAUUUUCAAAGACUGAAAAAUCCGAAACUCAAGGUCAGCAAAAGGGGUUCACAUAACGGGUGUGAAGAUGGAGAAGGAAGCGGUAAACGAAACCUCAGUGCCCCUCCAACAAGACAGCCUACGCCUGAUCUACUCAACGGCAACAGCAAUCACAGCACGGGCUCACUGCCAGAGCGCAGACGGAAGGUAGCACGCCCUAGGACUGUCAGGGGUGACAAUGGGCGCACACGUCGUGCUGCGGCCGCCAAGAGACGCGUGGCACGGCGCUCCAGUGACGAGAGCGACGAGGAGUCUAGCGGCACAGACGACGCACCGCCUGGACCAGAACCUGCGCCCAGGGAGUGGGGCGCUCCUUGGGCCUCAUCGUCCGACUCCAACCGUAGCCGUCGAGCGACGAGUAAGCGCGUGGCGUCGGGCGGAGGCGCGCGGCGGCGAGCGGCCCGCGCCAAGCGACGCCGCACCACGCCCGCCGCCAUCGCCGGCCUGGACUUGCUGCACUCCACCACGCUCGAGUCCACCAUACACAACGGCUCCGUGACGGCCCCGCCGCCGGGCUGCGUGGGGCAGCGGCUGUCGGCGCUGGGCGUGCAGCUGCAGCCCGCCGAGCGCCUGCACUCCGAGCUCGACAUCCCGCGCUCGCCGCACACCCCCUACAGCCUCCAGCUACUGCUCGAUAUGUUCCGGGACCAGUACCUCGCUUUCAUCCAGCGCAUGAAUACGCCUGAAUACGCCAAUGAAAUACGAAACCAAAUAGAGAAAGAAAAGGAAAAAAAUCAUAAAUUGAAAUCGAGAGCAUCUCAAUUGGACAAACAAAUUAACGUCUUAAUAAGUGACAGUGUAGCACUUCUCAAAGCCCGCAUGAGCGAGCUUGGCAUCCACGCCAACAACACCGUUGACCUCUUAGCGAAAGCGAAAGAAAUCGUCGGAAGACACAAAGAACUGCAAAGUAAAGCGAGUAAAUUACAAGCCCAGGUGAAUAGUAUAGAAGCUGAACAGGCAGUGCUAGUAAAACAACGGACGUUUGAAAUUACUGAAAAGUAUCGGCAGCUCGGACACGUACCACAUGAUGCUGAAGUUACUCAAAGCAUAGCUCAAGAGUGUAUUUUAAAAGAAAUUUCGGCCACUUUAGCCCACAGGAAAAGAUUACACGCUCAAGUGGGUCAUUUACAAAAUGAAAUCACGCAGAUGGAAAGGGCUAGCGAACAGAAACCGACCACUUCCUCCGUUCCCGUCACUCCCGUCAAGAUGCACGCGGUUAACGCGAAACCGAGAAAGAGAGAACAGCGUUCGCGAUCACAAGAAUGGCCCGAGGUUCCGGAUAUUGGCAAAAUAGAAGAGCAGAACCCGGAACUCCUCGCUCAGAAGAUACUCGAGACGGGACGACAGAUCGAAGCCGGAAAGGUCACCAAACCUAACGUCAUAGUCAACGGAUACACGAGAGAAUCCGAACGACUCGACAGGUACCCAAAAUCGACCACUCCGAACCCUAGGCCCCAGACGCAACGCCCGUCUCUCGCUCAUAGGCAUUCGCCUGUAAAAUCCCAGAAACCACUUAACGUUAUCGGUAAAGUUCAAGAAUCACCGAAAGUGAUCAAUUUCGAAGACAGGCUGAAGAGUAUAAUAACUUCGGUGUUGAACGAAGACCAAGAACAGAGGAAAGCUUCUCGGCAGGUGACACCGAGCAGUCCGUACAGUAACGGGUACGUGACGGGCCGACCCACCGCCGCCUUCCCGCCGCGCCGCGACCUGCGCCGGGAGAGGUUCCCCUUCGAGCGCCACCACCACCCCCACCAGCCCCACCAGCCGGACUACACGCAGGUUUCCCCGGCUAAGCUGGCGUUGCGGCGACACCUGUCGCAGGAGCGGCUCGCGGCGCCGGCGCGCACCAUCGGCGACCUCGUCAACGGCGAGAUCGAGCGCACCCUCGAGAUCUCCAACCAGAGCAUCAUCAACGCGGCCGUCAACAUGAGCGCGCGCUAUCACGACGCCAACGGGACGCCGGCCCCGCAUCAACCGCUAGAAGGGCUAGCGGCUUGCUUACAAGCCCGUGUUUUGGCUUCUGAGUACUGGCGCGGACGGAACGGCGUCAACGGAGGUUCUAAUACUCCGAACGGCAGCGUUUCGGGCGACCUGGAGGAUUCCCGUCCUCGGUCUCCGCCGCCCGAUCCUCAUUCGAACACGUCUACCCCUCUGGUCGAUGAAUCACCGGACGGUGGAAGGAUACCCGAAGUAGAAGGUUGCGAGGAAGUAGACGAAAGUAAAUGGCAAGAUCGCAUAGCUUUUCGUUUUGAUCAAAUAAUAUCGUUCGCGUCGACGGCGAUCGAGGACAAGCGGCGGCGCUCGGACGAGGCGUGCAACACGUCGCCCGACUCCGGCAUCGGGCACGGCGAGGCGGCGGCCGUGGCGGCGGCGGCGGCGGGCGGCGCGCGCGGCGACACGGCGCUGCAGCACUUCCCGCCGCACCACUUCAAGAAGCGGCUGUACCGGCGGUCGCGCUGGGGAGCCGCCGACUGGGAGCGCCCGCCGAUGUGACGCGCGUCUGUGUAGUGCCUCGCCCGCCGCGAGCGCCCCCCCGCGACGCUCCAAACGUGACGACGCGGAGUUCGACUGUUUCUCGUGUAAAUAAAACGUCCGUGCUCGAUCGCGAUGUUGAUUGUCGAUUUUGUUAUAUUUUUUCGAAUAUAUAAUGUAAUUAUGUAUAUUAUUGAGUUUAUUUUACGUUUAAGAUGUGUAAUUAUUUAUAAGUAAGGUUAUGUCGCCGUUCCGUACGAGCGCAGGAUUUUUGCGCAUUGGCGGAUUGUAUUUCAUGUGUUCAAUUAGGUAAUAGUCUGAAAUACAUGUCGCGUCGCACAGUAGGAUUUUUGACACCCUAAAAACGGAUGUCGUAAUUUCAAUAGCUUAUUGGAUAGCGUAGAUUAUUGAAAAGCGAAGAGUUCAAUUUCCGAGUGCCGAUUUUACAAUUUUACAAUAGUAUUACAUGAUCACAUAUGUAAAUACAAUUUAAUCAUUUACGAAAUACGUAUUGACUGAAACAAGGCAAAGCUUUCUUUGAUAUUUAACAGAAAGAGAAAAAUGGAAAAACAUGGAUACUCUGUAAUUUAACUUUGCGGCUCUAUUUUAAUGUUAAUAACUGAUGAAAACUUCGCAUAUUUGUAUCUCUUAUUAUACUUUGAAAUUAUAAAUUUGAGAUAAUUGUGGUUGAGAUUCGUUACUUACAUUUUUAAAAAAGAAUUGGCUACUGCUUUUGUCAUAUUUUCUGAGACCUUUAGAUGGAUACACCGAGUUCAUUUUCUAGUGCAAGGUGUUAGCAUUUAAUUCCAGUUAUUAUUAUUACCCGCUAAAUAAACAAGUAAAAUUCAACAAUUCUGUCUAGCGACUUAUGGACAAUGGACAUUUACGUCGUAAUUUGAAAAGUCAAAAUUAUAUUUUCUAGAUAUUCAAUAAAUUAUAAAAAUAUUUGGUUCUUGGGUUCCAAUUCAAUGCACAGACUGACUGAGGCUUAGUACGCGCCCUGCGUUAGAGCGUAAUGAUAUCUGAAUCCUUGAAUUUUAAGUAAAGAAAUUUAGCGUACGUCCGCUCUGUGUGUGUAGAGAAAUAAAUAUGUACCUAUUGAACAAGAGGCGAUAAGUGUGAACAUCGCCCCGGUCUUCGUUACUUCUCGCCUUUGUUUUAUUUCAGAAUGUAAAAUAAUAUAAUCAUUUUACUUUACAUCAUUUCUAUUGUAUGAUAUUUUGUCAAAACUUUAAAUCAGUACCGCUCCGUUCCAUUGAAGGACAGCAUAGACAUGAUUACGAUUGAAUUGAGACUCAUUUUGACACGAUGGACUUUUUGGCCACGAAUAAAUUAAAUAAAUUGUAUCUUCAGUUUUGAAACGAAUUGGCACGCAGGAAUUAUGCUCUUAGCCCUUGAACAAUAAAAUGUCCUAUGCGAUACGAUGUUCGUUUUUCGGUUCAAAACGUGUGUUGUGCGUCGGUGAUGAAGCGGCGGAUCGAUCUACGCCGGUCUUUGAUGUUUGUUGUUUUAUGUGUUUAACUGAUGUCGGUGUUACAGAAAAUUCGGCCUGAAUAAUGUCAAUCAUUUCUUUAGUGAAAUCGUUUAUAUAAAAUAAGGUAAUGAAUGUUUACACUAUUCCUGAUCGCGUCAAAUAUGUAGUUUGGGUUUUGAUAUUUUGAGACCCAUAUUUUUUUUACAAAAUGACCAAUGUGUGGUUCAUCGACUGACAUGAUACAAUAUUAAUUGUUAUAAAUUUUCAUAAUAAAAAGUGAAUUAUUUCAUUAAAAGGUUUUAAGGGAUAUUUAUUUCAUCAUAAAUAUUAGCACACGAAUGUGAAACAUUAAAGGGAAUUCAUAUUUCAUAAAAAAAAGAGCAAUAAAGAUAAGUACUUACAUCUUUGUACUCAAACUAUAAAAUGAACAUACUGGAAGUGUUAAAGUUCCUUGUUAAAUAUAAUUAGGAUGCAAUGAAUUGGCAAUGUGAUUAGAAGAUCAUAUCAUUUUAAUUUUUACGUGAUCGUUCUCGAUAGCUGUUGUCAAAUUGAGAGAUUGAAAUGUUUUCUCGAUUCCAGAAGGAUUGUUUAAGAUUAACAUUGCCGUUAUGGUUUCAAGUUGGUGUGUUGCUGCUAUUUCGAACAACAUUGUCAAAAAUAUAUGGCAUGCAAGCGAUGCGUUAAUCUAGGUAAUUCAAAAGAUUAUGGGUGUUUUCGUGUCGAUAAAAAAUAGUGCCUUAACGUGAAUUAGCGGUAAGAGUCUUAGAAUAGAAACAGUUUAAAUGUAAUAUUUUGAGCGACUUUUAUACUUUAAAAUCAUUGCCUUAGAUUAUUAUUUACUAUGGAGUCGUUAAUAUCAAUAAAUAUCCGUAUUGCGGAAAAAAACAGCGAACACGAAUAAACGGGCUAUAUGUACUAGUCUUCUUGAAAUACAAAUUUAUAAAUCACUGCCAAAAGCAUACACGUAAUUUAUAUUAUGAACGAUUAAAGUAAUGAGAAUGAAAAGCUUUAUCAUACAAACAUUAUUUACAACAAUAACUUAAUUAAUCAGACAGGAACGCACACUUCAAACUUUGGUUUAAAAUUUGUAGCCAGCAUUACAGAUUUAACGGUCAAAAAUAUUGCCGUUGGCUAGAUUAUAAAAAUAUGUGGAUUAUAACAUUCUAUUUAGAGCAUAUUUUUUCCAGAACCACUAAAAAUGUACCAUCUAUAAAUAUCUAUGAAAUUGCAAAAAACAGACCCUUCUUUCCUUCUUUUUUAUUUAUUUAAGGGAAUAAGGCGAUCCUCACUCCAUUUAUAAUAGGUUAACGGACAACCAACAAAAGAAUCUAAAACAUAAUGAGAUAAUAAUAAAAUUAAAGUGAACAUUCAAUUUGUGAAAUAUUAAUGAUUUACAUUUUUAAUCAUUGAGUUAUUCGAAAUUCUUAAUAUCGAUCAUAAAAAAGCAUGAAGCAAAAAAAUAAAGCACGAUAUGUGGCGUUGGGUGUUAGUGUAUAAUUAAUGGUUAGCUCUUCGUUUAUUGUGAGCGCAAAGGUGCAUGAAGUUGCAUAGUAAAGUCUGCUCGAGAAUUUACAAAAUGAAAAGCCAUACCAUUGCCCAUUCUUCACAAUGAAUCUCGUACGUUAACUGUUUAGUACAGAAACUGUUUCCUAAGACAAUCGCUUUUAUGAUGUCCGAAAUUUAAAAUUUAAAUAUUCCCACAAAAAUUACAAUUAAUUGAAUCGUAAAUAAAGUUUUUUUUAGUUAACGCAGAUAACUCAAGGUUCUUUGUUUUCUGUUUAGCGGUUACUGGAGCUCAUGGACAUUGCGAAGUAAACGCGGGGAGUCACUUUGGGACAUAACGUGGAAGUCCGUUAUAUUAUUACGAUUAUAAUCGCUCUCAUAUCGAAAGUCCUAGAAUUUCAUCAUAGAAAUUGGUCGAUGGUAUCUAUCCGUGCGGUCAUUAUUAAAUUAGGGGCGUGGGCAGAAUUUGGUAAGGAGUAAGUAAUUUUGACAUGAUGCUGCUGAUACGGAUUAGUUGCUAGUAGGUUAACGCAAUAUAGUAAUAGAGUAGCUAGAAUUAGCGGGGAGGCGAACCUAUUUCUAUAAUGAUUUUUCAUCUUUUAACCGCAAAGUCACAAGUCCUUUGCAACCGGUAUUGUUUUUUUGGAAUUGAAAUAUCACUAUUUCAAAUACUAAUUGCAGUAAUCUGGUACAGAAAUUUUUUGAUUUAAACGACAUCGCGUUUCCUACUGAUAUUGACCAGAUUUAUAUGCCAAACUUUCAUUCAGUGCGUUUGUGAGACUGGCUGUUCCGUUUAAAUGACCUUAUCAAAAUAUGAGUUCCAUUUAUGUGAAACGAAUUGUAGGUGUUUAUUUCACAGGUUGUCUCAAUUUUGUCCCUUCAUUCAAAAUGUGAUGAAAUAAUGUAAUAAAGCCUUCAAUUUCAAUGAAAGUGACAAACCCAUACAUGGUAGUUGAUACCUAUUUGUGACUAUAGUCUAAAUGAGUCGUCUAUUAUCAAAGGUGGCAAUCUGUGCAUUUGGACCAAAAAAAAAUAUUGAUAUGUCAAUACAGAUUGAUUUGAAUAUAAUCGUCUCCUUCAAAGAAUACGGUUCAAAACCUGCAUUAAAUAAAGGUUAAUAGUUAACCUGUUAUUUAUCUAAGAUGUCGUUCCGAAGAGUUUUGUGACUGCCAAUGGAAUACAAAGUCAAUAAUUCGUUUUUCUGAUUUACCAAUCAUUGUUCAAAAGUCAGAUUGCCGGCUUUGAUAAUAGUCGACUCAAAUGUAAAUGAAUAAAGUUAUUGCAAAAGUUGAAAAAAAAAGUAAAAGCAAUACAAAUGCAAGAAGUUGAUCAAUAUUAACUAUAAAUAAUUUCGAAACUGGAACAUUGCAUCUGAUAUUAAAAAGCUAAAAAGUAAAUUGUGGAAAAUCUAUCCGAUUAUUAAAAUAUUUCAAAUUAUCGCAUUGCCAAAUCUAUAUCAUGUCAAAAAUAGAUGAUUGCCUUAUUGUGUUUACAAGUCGAAGAAUUAAAAAUUAAAUAAGUUAGUACUUAAAAUAACUCUGCAGAGUAAGUUUUCACAGACGUUAAAUUUAUUAAAAAUAAAAUCACAGGUUUAUUUUUUCAGAAUGAUAGUUUUAUCGUAUGCGGCCUAUAGCAAUGUAAAACUAUUAGAAAUAAAUUUUCAAAUAUAUAUAGCGCAGUGACUCAAUAGUGGUUAUAUACAAUUGACAACAUUUCCAAACAACAUUCCAAACAACAACACAAAAUCCCAUCUUAAAUUCAAAAUCCCAAAAUCUUAGGAGAGUGACCUAUUUCUUUAUACAUAUUACAAAUUAAAAAAAACAUUAAAAGGACUUCACUAUAGAAUUCGUUUUGUCCUAAAAAGGUAUGAACCACAUUUUGAGCUCUUUUCAGAUUCAAUGCGCUUAGUGCGUGUUUUUUAACGUUCUCGAUAGCGUAAAAGUUAACUCAAAUUUGUAUGGAGCUGGAACGUUUGACUACGUUUGCCGCUAGGGGUGUUGCACUAAGCAUAUUGUACUGUCUUGCAUAUAAAAAUUUCAUGGCGGUUAAAAUUAGGAACGGAUUAUUCAUAGUUUCCAGUGCUGAGAACAAUCUACUACAAAAUUAUUUUGCCUGUGGCUAUUACUUAGUUUUUGUAUUAAGUAACGAUAAAAUAGUAAUUCGGCAGUGAAAUAUCCAUAUAAAUCUGUAUGUGAGAGUUAUCGAUAACGUAAAUUGAAUCAAUUAAUUUUUAAAAAUCAUAAUUGGCAAUCGUGACAAAUCAUAAAAUGCAUAGGUAAACCAUUUAGGUGCCCGUAAAGGAUAAAACAUUCGACGAUCAGAGGUUUUUAUAAUCAAAUAUUCAAAAUAAAAAGAAGACAAAUUUUAGAACCCUAAGUAAAUCUGGAAAUAAUAUUUUAAAAAUCGUUAAAAAUAAAUAAUGAAAUGAUGAAAUGUUGUCAAUCCAUAAAAUGUUAUAUGUACAUUUGAUUUGUGUAAUUUUUUUGCAUUGUAUUUCUUCCUCGAAGUUCUCUUUGAAUUAAUACAUAUUAUUUAAUAACGAGUGUAAUCGUUUCCGUAACUCUGAGCGCUGGGUAUUUCUAAAACGGUACAUUUACAUCAAAACCAUUGACUAGAUAAAAUAAAUAGACGUCAUUCAUAGACAUUAUCAUCAAAAAAUCUGAAACGCGGGGUACACGCCUGUGUCGGGAGCUGCGUACGCUCGUAGCUGUUGUCAGACUCCGCUAUACUAUAGUGCCAUAUAGUAUAACAGCCUAUACUUAGCCAAUAAUAUAUAGUACAGUACAGUGUGAACGUGUCCUUAGCAAUGUAUGGUGUGCGAUAUUGUUGUGCUAUGAGCUAUAUACUAUAUGCCAUUAAAUAUAAUAAUAGCGUUGUCUGAAAGCGGCUUGUAUGCUUUCGAAUAUGAGAUAAGUGUGCUUAGUGCGAGUUUCUUAACGUUUUCGAUAGCGUAAAAGUUAAGUCAAAUUUGUAUGGAGUUGGAACAUUUGCCUACGUUUUCCGCUAGGGACGCUGUUCCAACUGCAUACAAAUUCGAGUUAACUUUUACGAUAUCGAGAACGUUAAAAAACUCGCACUAAACACAAAGCUCAGUACUGUAAAUGAAUCAUUUAUUCCGUUUGUGUUGACGUGGAAUCUGAUUGCUGUGUUGAGUUCGGGAGCGGUUUCUUGACAAAAACCUGCGCUGGUUUUAUUUAAUUGUAAACCCCAAAAAAUCUAUAGAAGUGCAUUUAUCAAUACGAUUAAGGAAGAAAUAGGUAAAAAAGUAUGGAAUGGUAGAAAUUAAUAUUUUGUCUGAUUUGCUUGUUGGUUUGCGAUGUCCCAAAAAAAAAAGUGCAGUACCAUAACGUUUUAACUUAUCAUACAAACAUUUCACUGAUUCGACAUUUAAAACUUACAUUGUAAAAAUAUGUGCAAUUUACUGUCUUAACUCGGUUUUAGCAACGAAAAGUAAAAAAUAAGCUAUAAUAGAAUCGACACUAGAUUACAAGAUUCUAAAACGUACUUGGUAGUUGGAAUUUUAUAUUGAAACUAUUUUUUUAACUUUAAAUCAGUAAAAUAUCAAGCAAUAAUGUAUUUUGAUAAAAUAAAUUAUUUUUGUUAGCAAAAAUAAAUUAAGUAUCGAAAUAGUAAAGUGACUUGCUAUUUUUUUACAAAAUACAAGUGACAAGUGACUUAACUAAACAAAACUUAAUUUUCGCUCAUGACGAUUAUCCGCCUCUUAGGUAUUAAGGUUUACCAAAAAAUUAGAAUAAUGGAAUGACCUGUCAUGAUUGAAAUCAGUAACUUAUACUAUAUGUGAACCGAUUUGUUAAUAUUAUGGAAUGAAGUAUCUAGCUAGCAGUGCUAGCACCUGUAUAUAAAUAAACUUAAUGAUAAAUACAUAAAAACAAAUGUACAGUUGUGUAUUUUUAUAAUAUAAUACAUAAAUAAUUAGUCCAUAAAUUCAAUACAUGGUUCAUUUAUCAAAAUAAUUGAGAUAGGAAUACGAUUAUGUAAUUUACGCAAUUAACAUUAAAGUUUAUGAACAACAAAUGCAAAAAGGCUUUUAGCAAACUUUGUCAUUAACCAUGCUUCCUCAAAUGAUUUUCGAAAUAUUUUAUUUGAAGUUGAAACUUUAAUAAAACAUGUACUUAUUAGUUUAUAAACGAAACGUGAGGAAGUUUAUUAUUUUUAACUGUUUCUUACUUAAGUAUAUGUUGGCAUGAUUUUAUGUGAUCAUUUUCACUUUAGUGUUGAGGCCUAAUAAAAUAUUACUAAUAACAUCUCUGUAUAGAUCAUCUUUGUUAAUGUCUGAUGCCUUUAUUUAUGAACUAAUAGCGGAAGCAAAAAAAAUCUAAGUCCAGCUAAUUAAAUCAAGUGUUAAUUCAAUAUGAUUUUGAUGUCAAUCUAAUAACAUAUAACGAAAAGAGAUAAAAAGAAAACAAUCCAACGUGUUUACUUUAACAUUUUCCAACAAAAUAAACAGCUUUUAAUUUAUAAAUUCAAGUUGUAAUUCAUGCCGAAAAUAAUAAAAUCGUAUUUUGGUUAGGCGUCAGAAUGCGCAUUCAGAUUGUCUAAUUAGAAUCUAAUUAUGAAUAUUACAUCCAAACCACAUAUGUAUAAGGUGUCAGGGAACUCUUCCUACUACCAUGGCAUAAACAUUUAUCGACAGAUCGAAACACAAGCUUUCGUAACAGUCGCUAUGAUAGACGGAUAAGCUCACAGCCCAUCUUACGUACUCAAUUACCAGAACUCAUAGACCCCACAAUGCUGAAGAUUGAAGUUUCUUAGAACUUGCUUCUCAGAAAUAAUCGGGACGCUCAUACCCAAUUGUGCAGGCUUGCAACAUACUACGUACCUAUUACUAGAACUUAGGAUUUGGGAUGUUACGUAGGAAUAGCCGAGAAUAAUGUUACUGAUGGGGAUUUUAGGAAGUAGUAACUCGAGGUCUUGAGGUUGGUAAUCUUAUAGUAUGGAUUACUAAACUGACGUUAUAAGACAUGACAAAAAUGUGUUUAAAGCAUCACCUCAAACUGUAGUGUUUCGUAUCAGAAAUCAUCCCCUAUUUGCCUGCGUUUUUGGGAGAAAUUCCCUUACACACCGUAUUAUUUAGGAACAUAAAAUGCGCGCCGUGUCGUGGCUUGAAAGUUGCCUUAUAAUUUAGCAAUAAUGAAGCGAUUAUUUUGUUUAGUUCAAAACAUUGGUAAUUAUAAUAGAAAGUUAAGGAUUGUGCAAUUGUACCAUAAUGAUAAGAUAAGUAGAACAAAAUCGUGAACGGUAUUUGAGUUUUGGUUCUAUAAAAUCAUGAAUAAACUAGUUUAGUGCUAUUCUAUUAACAGUAAUGUUGUAAGUAAAAAGUGAAACGAGACGUAAACAGUCUUGUAAAAAUGUAGUUUAUCUUGAGCUGUUUAAUGAUGGAUUGGUUUAUAAAAGUGACCAAAAGAAAAUAAAUGAAAUGUUUAUAAUACAUAAACGACUAAUAAUAAUGUGACUUAAAAUAAAAUAUUGCAUUAUGGAACGGGUAAAUGCAGUGUAGUAUAGCAAUAUUCAAAUAAGUCGUUCUGUGUAUUUAAAACAUUGGAAUGCGCUGGUUCAAUUGUGCCUGAAUUAAAAUGCCGCUCCAAACCUCAAAAUUACUUAUACAAAGUAAGGUUAAAGUCGACUCUCAAUUAGGUAAUUAUAGGUAGAUAGCAUUUUUGGUAAAAAAAAAACUAUUUUUAUCGGAUUGACUUAAGGAGUGAUUACAUUAUUCAGUUGUGACUAAUUUUAUUUUUGAUGGGGAAUAUGAGCUGAUCUUGUGACGUCAUAGUGUCUAAAAUAGUACAAAUGAGAAGACUUAUCGUCGUAAGCUUCGGACUAUUCAACAUUACAAAUGCUACAUUUGAAAUGUAUCCCUGUGUACUAGUUUUAUUUUGUACUAAAAGUUAAAAAUAAAUUAAUUAUUAAAUUACAA